AGCUUUGGUGCAUCGGCGGAGACCGGGAGGCUGCCAGGACGCGAUCCGGAGUUGAGAGACACUUUCUUUUUCCCAUUUGUGGCCUCCCCCCCAAGGAUCAGCUGCGAACCACCUCUGUGCUGCUUCUUCCUCUUCAUCCACCGUCAUCCUCAGCUACAACAUCCCGUCGCUUUAGCGGUUCCGAGGGCGCAGCGUAAAAACCCGAAGCACCGGCGAAGAUGUCUGGCUACCAGGGCAAGAAGAACAUCCCCCGCAUCACAAGUGACCGUCUCCUGAUCAAAGGAGCCAAGAUUGUGAACGAUGACCAGUCCUUCUGCGCCGACAUCUACAUGGAGGACGGAGUCAUCAAACAAAUUGGGGAGAACCUCAUCGUUCCCGGCGGGGUGAAAACCAUCGACGCUCACGGUCGCAUGCUGAUGCCGGGCGGCAUCGACGUCCACACGCGCUUCCAGAUGCCCGACCGAGGCAUGACGUCCGCCGACGACUUCUACCAGGGAACCAAAGCCGCUCUGGCCGGAGGCACCACCAUGAUCAUCGACCACGUGGUGGCUGAACCCGGCAUCACCCUCAUGUCAGCCUUCGAGCAGUGGCGCGAAUGGGCCGACAGCAAGUCCUGCUGCGACUACUCGCUGCACAUCGACAUCACCGAGUGGCACAAGGGCAUCCAGGAGGAGAUGGAGACGCUGGUGAAGGAUCACGGUGUCAACUCCUUCCUGGUCUACCUGGCUUAUAAGGAUAUUUUCCAGCUCACUGACUCUCAGGUAUACGAGGUCUUCAGUGUGAUCCGCGACCUCGGAGCCAUCGCCCAGGUUCACGCCGAGAACGGGGACAUCGUAGCCGAGGAGCAGCGUCGCAUCCUGGAGCAGGGAAUCACCGGACCCGAGGGACACGUGCUGAGCCGCCCUGAGGAGGUGGAGGCGGAGGCCGUAAACCGCUCGGUGACCGUGGCCAACCAGACCAACUGUCCUCUGUACGUCACCAAGGUGAUGAGCAAGAGCGCUGCCGAUGUCAUCGCUCAGGCCAGGAAGAAAGGCACUGUGGUCUACGGAGAACCAAUCACCGCGAGCCUGGGAACAGACGGUUCACACUACUGGAGCAAGAACUGGGCCAAAGCAGCCGCCUACGUCACCUCCCCUCCCCUGAGCCCCGACCCCACCACACCAGACUAUCUCAACUCCCUGCUGUCCUGUGGCGACCUGCAGGUGACAGGAAGUGCACAUUGUCCCUUCAACACCGCGCAGCGCGCCGUCGGCAAGGACGACUUCAGCUUGAUCCCCGAAGGCGUCAACGGCACCGAGGAGAGGAUGUCCAUCAUCUGGGACAAGUGUGUGGUGACGGGUAAAAUGGACGAAAACCAGUUUGUGGCGGUGACCAGCACCAACGCCGCCAAGAUCUUCAACCUGUACCCCAGGAAGGGCCGCAUCGCCGUGGGCUCGGACGCCGAUCUGGUGCUCUGGGACCCGGACCUGACGAAGAUCAUCUCCGCCAAGAGCCACAACUCGGCCGUGGAGUACAACAUCUUUGAAGGCACAGAGGUCCGCGGCGGGCCCCUGGUGGUGAUCAGUCAGGGGAAGAUCGUCCUGGAGGAGGGGAACCUUCACGCCACCGAGGGCUCCGGACGCUACGUGGCCCGCAAACCUUUCCCUGACUACGUCUACAAGAGGAUAAAAGCUCGCAGCAGGCUGGCUGAGCUGAGGGGCGUGCCCAGGGGCCUGUACGACGGUCCGGUCUGCGAGGUGUCGGUCACUCCUAAAACCAUGACUCCCGCCUCCUCGGCUAAGACCUCGCCUGCCAAGCAGCCCAACCAGCCCGUCCGCAACCUGCACCAGUCUGGGUUCAGCCUAUCCGGUGCUCAGGUCGACGACAACGUUCCUCGCCGGAACACCCAGCGCAUCGUGGCGCCUCCCGGCGGCCGGGCCAACAUCACCAGCCUGGGUUAGAGCUCCGUCCUCGGCCGCCGAGGAGGAGACGAGGAGGAUUCGCGGCUGGACGGCCGACGGGAGCUGCGGGGAUCAAGAAGCCGAAAACCGGGGAACCGAACCCCUCUACAGCGCCCGACCGGGUCGUCCGUCAGCCUCUGUCUGUCACGCCCUCCUCCGCCGUUUCUCACCCACUCUCCCCCCAAAACCUGAUACUAGAGGACACAGUUAGAAACAACAACAACAACAACAACAAAAAGGUCUGCCUCACAUGAUGACAAAAAAAAAGAGAAAAAAAAAUGUAACACUCCUUAUUUGAGCACUUUUGACGGCAUUAUUUUGUUUCGUUUUUUUUAUACUGUACUUUCUCCCUGCCAUGUAUCCUUUGGAUGUUUUGCUUUGCUGUUGUUUUCACUGAGGGUUCAAGUGAAACUGAAUCAAUACAGUUGAGAAAAGAUGAUCAAGUUCAUGCAGGAUGUCUGUUGUAUUCUCCAUUCUUUCCUUUUUACAUUUUGGGAGCAGUUAAAAUGGAGCGUUGGUACAAAACUAGAAUGGUUCUGCUCUUUUGUUUAUCCUGUUAAAACAAGCCAAACAGUUUAUUCAGCUCCUUCUUUCAAGCUGAUCUUUGAUUUGUAUUCCGGCGCUUCGCCCUCCGGUGGACUGCCAUCUGUCGCACACCGCUAAGAUCGACGUUUAAUCGAUCAUUCGCCACGAGGACGGCCUUAAGAUUUGAGAACUUAAACACAGUUGCAGCUUCGUUGAGGUACAUUCAUUGCGAGUCGGCUGGAGAGUCGAGAAGGAGCUUUGGCAGGUAGAAAAUAGAGCUUCGUUUAGAUUAGGUGGAAGAAUAAGAGGAGAAGAGGAAAACAGAAAGUUGUAGUGUCACUUCAGCCUUUCCUUGCCUUACUGUCUCUUAACGCCGUCCUCUUAGAGAAGUGUGGGGAAGGUGCCAUCCACGACGCAGCUACACAUUUUCCGCUUUGUUUGCAUUCCUGUGAAUCACGAGAAGGUCCAAAAUUUGUUCCGAUGCCGAGCGCAUCCCGUCCAUCACCGACCAGUGCAUUUACGUACAGAAUGUUUUCUCCUCUCUCCUCCUAAAUGUGACUGUUUUCUACUCAUCCCUCUUUUUCCUUUCUACUCUUUAUGUGCCUGAACCCACAGAAGUUGUACUGAUAGUCUGAUUUUUUCUUUUUUGGUUUUUGUUUUGUUAUGUUGUUCUUUUUCGAGGUAAGUGGAAGGAUGUAAGAUAAAAAAAAAAAACACAAGAAAAAAGAAAAAUGUAAAAUAGCCAGGAUUAACCGAUUCAAAGGUGCCAGAUUUUGCGCUUUCGUAGGGCCUGUCCUGCCGAUAGAGCCCCUCUGUAAAGACGAAAAAUGCUCGAUAUCUUGAAAUGUUCUAAUGUUUUAGAGUUUUUAAAACUUGUUGUCAAUCUGCUUUUUAGUGUCAUUCUGUAACUAGGUGCCUAAGGGCUGAGCACUAUUGAUUUUACGCUUGAAAGUAGACAUGAGCUAAUGUACUUCUGACUAGUGUGCAGUGUUGAUGUGCGAGGGAUGGGACACGCACAGCAGGCUCAAAGCUUACGGUUGUGGACGCUCUUGUUUCUUUUCUUUUCUUUUUUUUUUUCUUUUUUUUUGAAACACAAUCUGGUUUCCAUUAAGCCAAGACGAGCCGAUUUCCUUCCUCUUGUGUUAACAAGGUCUUGGCCCCCAGUCACCAUGUUUCUUCCUCAAUAACUACGGACACAACAAGGGGCCAGUUACGUAAAAGUCAGACUAAUUCUUAGAAUAAUAACAUUACAGUAACACCAUUAUGUUUUUAAAAAGUUGGCUUCAAAGUUUUUUAUGCAGCUGGCCCCUGACCCACUCACACAUAUACAUACAUGCACUUACCAGCCACUUUAUUAAAUACACCAGUAAAAGCUAACAGCUCCGCCAUAAAUUCUACAGUUUUUGCCGUCAAAAAGGUCAUAAUUCUACUUUAUGUUUAUCACUGAGGUAAUAGUGGGUGGUGUUGGUAGUUUACCAGGCUGCAUUACAUUUAAAAGUCUUCUUCAUAUAUUGCUCUGCUCAUUUAUGUGAAUGCGGUGGACAAAAUAUUAAGAAUACAUACAAUGACUAAUCAUUAUGAGGCAUUUUAGAAAAAAUAACAAUAAAAGGGAAAUAAAUGCAAACAAGCAGCCAAAAUGGGUGCUUAAUUAGCAAAUCGUAGCAUAGCAAAAGUAUGCAAUCAACAAGUAUGCGGAAUAUAAAGACACCUUAAAUUAGUAAAUGUUGAACCUUUUAGAUCUACGAGGUCAGAGCAGGUGAAAAAUCUUUAUUGAUGCACCGCCCUGAUGCAUUUUACAUCAUAAAAUGAGCUGGAGUUCAUUGUUCACCAGGUUAAAUAAGGCUGACAGAGCUGAUAAAAAUGGAAUUAUAACCCUUAUGGCAGCAAAAUAUAU